AUGAUUUCCUUGCUCAAGGCGGAGGCAGUUUUUAUCACCAUUCUGUUGUGCUUUCUUUGUUCUCAACUUCCAUCUUCGGCUGCAGGUAAAAAAAAAAGCAUCAUAACCAGCCUGUGGGAGAAAGUGAUUUGUUAAGACACAAUAUUUUUGUAUUUAAGGAAUAAACAAAGUCGCUUUAUUUCAGUCUAAACAUAUUUUUCCGAAUGGUUCGGAAAUCAUCUGGAUUUUUUUACUAAAGACCACCGAAAAUUUCGUUCGUCCAUUACUUACUUCAUUCAUACAUAAAUUCACCCAUUUAUUCUCUUUGCCCAAUUCGCCGACUGGAUACAGUUCUCAAGUCUCUUCCUCCCUACAUCUAAUGCCUAUUUCAUAUACCCAUCUUUAUGGUACAUUUUAUGCUAUCAUUAGGAUAUCUUCCUUUUCUGUCCAAAUCUUUGAAGAGAUGUUUAACUCCAACUGCACAAUUCAGCGAGCCAAAAUACAUAUACUCCUUUUCUUAUUGUUUGCAGAAGAUAGCUACUACGCUGAUAGAGCAGAUAUAGCAAUCGUCGUGGAUAGCAGUGGAAGUGUAACCCGCUCAAAUUACAAGCUACAAAAACAUAUUAUUAUGAAAAUUGUGGGAAAAAUUGCCCCAAACGUUACUAAGCUCUCUAUCUCAUUAGUUACAUCAAGCCGUGGCCGUGUUCUUUUUAUAUCUGAUUUGAAUCAAUUUAUACAAAAUGGAGAGGGUUUUCCACUUCACGAACGUACUUUUUCAUUUAUCAAAUUACCUUUGAAUGCGGUAUCGAGAGAAGUUUUCAAGAAUCCUGAGCAGAACGUAUCUAAGAUUACAAUUGUUUUUACCGACGGGUUUGGCAGGUCUCCUUCAAACUCACCUUCUGUACCUGUGAAUGAACUAAGAAAAAAAGGUGUUCGAAUUUUUGCCGUCGGAUUUGGUGAAAAUGCUCCAGAAGAUGUGCUGAAGACGAUUACAGAGAGAGAAGAAGACGUAAUUGUUGAGAGGAGCUUAUACACUUUACAGGAUCAUGUUGAAAAUCUGGUUAAAAUGAUUCUUCAAGCCAUUGGUAAGCUGGAAAAAAAAUUUAACUAAAAUUAAUACAAUUCAUCUCUGUAUUUGCUUUAAAGCUAUGUUAUUGCGUUAAUCUCUUUCCAGGCCGGGGUAGGUAUAAAUGUAUAUUCUUUAAAAAGCUAACUAAUCAAAGUGUUUAGCUUCAAUAUGCCACGACUGUUGAUGAAACAGAAAUUACCGUGGCUCCUGAUGUUACCAUUGUUGUUCGUGAAUUAAAGGAUCUCGAUUCCUAUACGAUGAACGAUUUUUUUAUCCUUUCUUCGCCAAAAAAGCAUCCAGUUGGCAAGUUAGAUGGAAUUAUGUGAUAUUUCAUUUUUUGGGGGGGAUGCUUUCUAUCAAAAGAAUCCUCAGGUCUUACGGUGUGGGACUUAGAUUUUUUUACCAGGGUGUCACGCUACAUUUCAAUCAUAAAAAGAUUUGUUGCUACUGUUUAAGCAACGACUUUUCCAUUGAAGACUUGUUCUAAAACAGUUGGGUGAUUUUUUCGGCAGAUAAUCCUUCAGUUCGUUUUAGGAAGCAUCAAAACUGGUUUUUCGCCGGAAGAAAAGCUGAAUUACGUUGUGUUACAUCAGGCUGGCCCCCUCCAACAGUCAAGUGGCUGAUGAACGGCAAGCAAGUUAAAGAUGGGGGCCUUAACGAAACGGUUUAUUUCAGGGAAUCAGUUGCCGAAGAAUCAAUAACUCUGUCGCUUCACUUUUCUGAGGUAAAGCCUCAGCAUGUUGGAGAAUAUACCUGCGAAGCUGAAAACAAUUUCAAAGUAACAAGGCGUAGUACUGAAGUAUCAAUCAACUGUAAGGGACUAUUUCGUAUUUUGCAUACUUGUAAUAAUAAGUUGAGUAAGGACAAAAAUAGCAUGUGAGCUCUAUACAUUUAAAACUUUUUCCUUGUAUAACCCCUUCUCAUUUUCCAUUGUUUUACACCUCCACAAAAGCUACUUACCAGCUACAAAACACUUCCAUUUUCCCACAUUGACUCCAAGUACGCAUGACCGUCCUGAUCUAGCAAGAAUACUGUUGAAGUGUCAGAGAUGGAGCUCCAUCAUUUAUGAGAAGGAAUUCAGCAUUAGUUAGUUUGUUUUAAGAAAUUCAGAUAAAAAAAUGCCUUACUUGUUCCAUUGAUGCCCAUCCUAUUUGCACGUGGAUUAUUAAAGGCUAAUAAACAUCUUGUGCAGAAUCAGAGCAGACAGUUUUAGGGAAAAUCAAUCUUACUUCAGACGCAACCAGUAAUAUAUGAGUUGUGUUUCAAAGGCCCACCAGUUCUCAGUACGCUAACUGCAAGUUACGAGGCAUUUCGAUCAAACUCAAGAGUUACAUUAAGAUGUCGAGUUGACGGUCUGGAUUAUCAGCAGCUGUCUUCUUACCACUGGCAAUGGAAGUUCCAAGGCCGGGAAAUAAAAGACACGGCAAGGCACAAAGUGUCCAAUGAUACUCAGUCUCCCAACGUAUGUCAGCUGUUUAGAGGAUCUACAAUUCUUUGUAUAACAAACAUUUCCAGUGAGGAUUUUGGACAAUACACCUGUUUAAUACUACAGUCUAAUACCACAUUUGCAGAAAGAGAAAUAUCUUUUCAUUCCUUUGGUAAGCUUUCGAUUAUUUUGAUGAUUUUUAAGUUAAUUUUCUCUUUUAAUCAUUGUGAAUUUUAGCUUUGUUUAAGUAUCAUAUAAUGAGAGUUGGCUGGCUUAAGUUUUGUUUUUCUUUUUUAAUAAGUAUGAAUUUUAGCUAUUUUUAAGUAUCAUAUAAUAGGAUAUGGUUGUAAAUUUGUAAAUUUUUAUAAAUAUUGUAUGAUUUCGUAUGAUUGUAAAGCGCCUUGAGCAGAGGAUACGAGCGCUAUAUCAAUAAAGUUAUUAUUAUGUUAUUAUUAUUAACACCAUUACAUUCUCGAGAGACUUUAGCAGUCUCCACUUCAUUACUUUGAAGAAACCUGGGUGACAGCGGAACUCGGAACAAGUGCCAUCGAAAGCUUUAUUUCAAUUGUCAGUAUCAUCAUUGUAUAUGAUGCUAUUUAGAUGUGAAUUGUUCAACUGGUCAAUGUGUUGUUAGUUUUACUUCUUAUAUUGAUCUCCUCGUCAUCGUUAAGUGGUUUGUUGAAUUUUUCAGAGCUACCACCACCCCAAAUUGUCAGGGCGGAUUCUUAUAAGUGUGGACGCGCUAUAAAGCUGCAGUGGAAACGUCCACUUUUGAUCGAGAGUAAAGUGAAUGGUUACCAAGUUACUUUGAGAUCAGUCAAUGGAAAAUCCAAGCACAUAUCUAAUUUCUCCGACGAAGUUUUUUCCCACGAAUUUGACGGACUCGAGAUCAAUGCAGUUUAUGAACUGAGUGUUCGAGCAAGAGAUUCAAACGGAUUUGGUCUUUGGGCAAGAGAACAACUAACGACGGCCGCAGGUAAGAUCGAAAUGAAACCAUUGAAAAUAUCCUUACCAAGACAUAUUCAUCCUCUGAAGGCGAUAGUUUUUAUAAUUUGAUAUUUGAUAAAAGUCUCUCUGACUGAAAUCGCCGUUGGGACUAGAUGUAACCUGCCUAUGAAGCAUUUACAACAAUAAUGGUGCCACGUGCGACAACUGUGUCUUUAAUAUGCAUAUAACCUUGUUAAUAAUAUACAUAAAGAAAAUUACGCGCGUCUGAUUUGCUUAUAACACUGGAGUGCUUUUUUCCUGUAACACAAGUGGAAUGCUGUAACAUGAAUGCAAAUUACAAAUAGCGCGCUGCCAAAAAUUUUGUCCGUCUUGACUUUCUGGGAUGCAUUUUUUACGUAAAUUAGUAACAAUUAACAACAUGAUUUUUAGUGCAAUUUUGUGUAAAUAAGCGCUUCAAAGACCGUAAAUUGCACUUGCCCUACGGGCUCGUGCUUAUUGACAACAAAUUGCGUUCAAAAUCAUGUUUUUACCUCUACAAAUUGUAUUACAGAUGUACCAGCCGCGUUGAAGGUCAAAGCGGAACCGUUUGGCUGCAGUGCCAACCUGUUGUGGAAUACAGCCGUGAACCAAAGCUGCCCAAUCACUAAGUACGAGAUUUACUAUAGGGAAUCAACUACAGGAAGGAUGUCGGCCAAUAGCUGCGUGUGGGCCGUGAAAAGCCUCAAAGGGGCAAACAAAUAUCGUCUCUUGUUGGAUUGUGCCCAGAGAUAUGAAAUCAUGGUUAUGGCCUGGAAUCAAAGGGGACAUAACGACUUCAAUGAAAGCUCUGUGUUAUCAGUACUUACCGAAGAAGGUAAAGAUACGGAUUUCAUCGGUAUACACUAUUGAAAAUGCUCCAUCAAAAUUAAAUUUCUCACCAAACAGGAUGGUCCUUUUUACAGUUGUGUGCUUGGUUGCCAAGCCUUUGAACAGGAGUGAGGCUAAGAUUGACUUUGUUAUGAUAUAAACCUUGCUGCUUUUCGAGCUUUUUCGAGUGCAAAUUACUUUGUUGUCAUGCUAAGUAGAUACUGGUCUCUAUUACAACAGGAUCACUUUCAGUCCAAAUCAAAGGCUUGGCAACGAAGUACACAACUGCAAAUGGCCUAUUAGCUGUUUUUAUUCUUGUUCAUAUUGUUGUUGUUGUUGUUUUAAAUAAAUGCACACAUAAGACACGGCGGUAUCAUCCCAGGGGCAUCAUCAAUAUCAUUUUAAAGUGAAGAAAAGAGAAGUUUAAACUUAACAUCUACGAAGCGUGGCAAAGGAAAGAGUGAUAGCGUGGAGUGGACAUACACGAAGAACUUUCUGUGUGUCUCCUUCAUAAAAUCAUCCCUUAUUCGAUAUGUGUUGAGUAGAGGUUGCUUUGAUCGGGGCACAAUAUCAAAAGACCAGAAAAAGCAAUGCACAUUGACGAUUCUUAUGCAUUUAGAAAUGAGUUAUUGUAUGUUAGUUUUUAAUUAAUCAUGAAUGUGUUGUUAGGUUUCCCGUUUACACCGUCGAUAACAGAUAUCCAAAGAAAGCAAUGUGAUAUUGUAGAAGUUUUGUGGAAUAGAUCAACUUCAGAUUCUGGUGGAGGUCCAAUAACUGGUUUCGAAGCGCAGAUUAGAAAUAGGAAUAGCCUGAACUGGAAUAAUUGCACGUAUGAUCUUUCAAAUGUUAAUUAUUCCUGUUCGUUCGAUGGUUUACUGAGUAAGAAUACCUAUGAUAUUCGCGUAAGAGCCGUCAACCAGAAAGGGCCUAGUCACUGGGCGAACCGAACAUUUACGACCGAAAUAAUAGGUAAGUAAUACAAUUACUGCGGGUAAAACAAGAAGUGAUCUGGUAUGGCGAUUCAUUCUUUCUCCUAGUUAAUGAAUCAUUAUUUGUGGUUAAGUGUAUAAUUAACAGAUCUAGAUAAAUUUAUCGAAUUUGAGCUUUCAAGCAACCGUUUAAAAAUCCUUUCCAAAGGAUGCAAAUGCUUUCGUAAACAGUAAUUUGCAUUGUAGAGUCAUUCAGUUCUUUUUUUAUACAAUUAUAUAAUUUUAUACAAUCAAUACCUUGCAUGCUUUUAAAAGCAGGUCGCAUGAUUUAAGCUGAUAUCUAUCAGAUAAUGAUAACAAGAUCUGGCCAUUGUGCAUGGAGGUCAUUUUAAAAACAACCUUGUAGUCAUUUGUAUAUGCGUUUCACUAGAAAAAAAAAGUCUUGCACAUUGUCGUCAAGUGCUUUGAUGACAACAAUAGAGGGUAAUACAUGAUUGCGCGUACACAUGGAUACACUCUACGAGUUUUUUAAUUAAUUAGGUAUCUCGUAAAUGAGGGAGUUAUCAAAUUCAACCUGAGAGGAGGAAUUCCGCAUCUUCAAGCAACCAUACAUUAUUUUGUUUCUCUGACAAACUAACAGGAACAGGUCAACUUCAUUAAAGAUUCAAAUAUAUAUUAGGAGAUUAUAACCUUGCUAGUGAUGGGAAAAGUGAAGAGUCAAAAGGAAAAAGCUGAGCUUCAAUGGAAAGUAAUUAAGUGAGCGAUAGGGCUUAAUAAUAUCAGAGCGAAAAUUUUCUUUUAGAACUAACCUGCUGUCUAAUCCUGUUGGUAGUAAAAAGUAAAUCCUUUUUUUUUUCAUUUUCCAAGAAACUGUAGAAAUGCCCUCAACGUAGCUGCAUUACCCUUGGUCUUUGUAUGAGUGUUUUUGUAAUCUUCCAAGCCACUUAUCUACAUGCAUCAUGGUUGUUGAACUAUAGAAUUAUUUCACUGAUUGGCGAUCUCAGACGUACAUAGAAUUAUCACAAAAAAUCACGUGUUAAGAUACGUCUUUCUUCUUGGUGAUCGAAAUCCACCAAACAGAGUAGAUACAGUGAAACAAUCAUGAUGCUAUUCCAUGAGUGCAGCUUCGAACAAUUAUAGAAUUAGCGACGUGCACACGCUUUAGCAGCUUUAAACACACUGAUUUAAGUCAAAACGUCGUUCCUGUAGAACUUUUUUUAAUAAACACUUAGUGGAAAAUUUUGGCAAUGAUGCCAAAGAUUAAAAAGUUUCUUUAAUUCUUGCGUAAUAUUGAUUGCAUGAUUCUCAUGCAAUUUUAUUUUGGCUCAUUAAUAUUGAUAGUUUCGGCUAUCCGGACUCUCGGAUAGUUUAUAAAAUAACUUGAACAAUCUCUUCGAAGUAGUUUUAUAAGUGUAGCAAAGCUGCAUUUGGAGUUUUUUAGUGCUUUUUCUCUCAUAAAUCAAGCUAGUAUGUUCAACUGGGUUGCAGGUCCACCUGAUUCACCUAAGAUUUUGUACGACAAUUCUACAAUUUCUGGAAGAAAUGCUUCCGUGAAGUGGACUUCUCCUGAACACUAUCAUUGCAACAUUACCAUGUACUCCAUUUGCUACAGAGAGACAGAACCAAGUGUCAAUGGUUGGAAGCAAUUAAACGUUUCGGGAAUAACAAGUUAUGAACUGCAUCUUAAAUACAGCAAGAAAUAUGAAGUCAUAAUUGCUGCUUGGAACAAACUGGGACGAAGCGAAAGCAGCCAAGCGUGGGAACCAAGAACAGCACAAGGUACUGACAUUAUUGUGCUAAGUAUGAAAUCAAGGUCUGCAUUUCAAAUUUUCGCCAUGGUGCAAAUCAAAUAAAAGCCCUUCACAUCACAUGGUUCAAAAUCUGUGUUGCUGGGUAAUACAUGUCUCCGAGGCAAUUGCGCGAGAUCAAUCUCUUGAAUGGUUGAUUGCUGUUUGUUUUAGAUUUACUCGUGGAUAUCUGGCCUUACAAUGCUGGUAAAUAUGUCCUAUUUAAUAAAGUCAAACAAGGAGCCUAUAAUCGCUCAGAAAAUUUUUUUCUUCUGAUUUUUUUUAUGACUAUUACUUUAAUGAAGAGGAAAUUACCGGUAUUUUAUAGAGUUAUAAUCUACUUAUUUAUAUCACUGGCCAUAUAUUUUGAUGAAAUAUAUAUUGACUUUUUUCGCAAAGGAAGUAAAGUAAUGACAGCUACAAGGUGAUCAUUCUUUUCACAUACCUUUUACACAUUUAUCCCAGCGUUGAGUGUUGUUUUCAUAUCUACGAUACUUACAGAUGUGCCGUAUGAACCAAUCCUGCAUCAGCCAAUCCUUGGACAGUGCAACAUCAUCAACGUAUCUUGGAGUCCCCCAACGCGAGAGGCACUCGGAGAUCCAGUUACCCUCUAUGUACCUCAGAUAAAAAUGACUGAGCCUAAAGGAUCUUGGAUCAACUGCACAUGUUUCAGCGUUUUAAAUCCAAUGUCUUGUCUGUUUACUAACUCGACGCAGUAUACACAUUAUGACGUCAGAGUGCUGGCAAAAAAUAAAAUAGGAUACAGUUUGCCCUCCAGCGUAUUGCAAAUUUCUACAGAAGAAGCAGGUAUACAGAGCAAUCAUCAUCAUUAUUCAAUAAUAAAUUAUGAUUUAAAAAAAAAAACCUGUUUCAUACAUCACUUAGCAAAUAACAGUAAUAAUACCUUAAACAACCAAGGAUUUUCAGUCAUUCUAGAGGGAAGAAAAGAACUUCCUGUAGUGGAUUAAAUACAUAUUUAGAACAUAAUUUAUUUGCUUUAUGGAAUGAAUGACCCAAUCAAAGGGAAAAGCCUGAACUGUGUUUUUCGGUAUUAUAUAUCUGUGCUAACAAAAUAUUUCUCUCUGUCAUCUCUAAAAAUACUCUCAAUUAAAACAGAAACUCUCCUUAUCUUAUGCUUAACGGCGUAAUAGUAAACUUUGAACGAUUAUGUCAAUAAAAAAAAGCAUCAUACAGGUAUUCCGCUCUUUUCUCUUAAAAUUUUCAGACCAGCCUGGCAAACCUGAAAUAAUUGAACGGAAAGUGUCAGGAUGCAAUGUGACCUUAAAGUGGACCACGCGAAUGUCAAAAAACUGCCCAAUACUUUUCUACACAAUCAGCUACAGAAAAAAAUGUGCACCCCCUGAUGCCAUCGAGUGGGCUAUGAUAAAUAUUACGGACGUUACAGUCAAUCAAGUCACCAUCAAACUGAAUUGCACUACGACUUAUGAGUUUCAGUCCAGGGCUUGGAACCUGUUAGGAGGGAGUGCCAAUUCUACAAGACAGGAGGCAACUACAGAAGAUGUUCAAUCUGACUUUGACCAGACGACUGCGAAACAUCACCCAUCAGGUAUGGACAUAAAACGAGCAAAAGCCUCUUGCUCUCCAUAGGAGCUAGGAUAUGUUAUGCAAUAAAUUCAAAAUGAGAUAACAAAAGAUAUGGAUAUAUCUAGCCUGAAAAGUUUGCUAAUGCUGUUAAGGUCAUAGCUUUGUUUAUUUACCUUGUAGAUUCCUCAAUUAUGACCAAUCUAAUAGGAGCGCUGAUCGCCUGUUUGGGUUUCUUGGUCUUUAUCCUACUGGUCAUUGGCUUUUGGUAUUUCCACAAGAAUCAGGCGACUAAAAGUUCAAAAAGGUAUACGUAAUUAUUAUUUUUUUCAGAUACUUAGAAAUUGAAUCGCUGUACAGGAUCUAAAAUGGCAAAGGAACGCUCGUUCUAAGAGAGAAAGAAUGCAGCAGGUCAAAUGAAGUAACUUCACUUCCAAGUUUCUCCUAAUAACGGCUAAGAACAAGACCGAAUAUCGAACGAGGAGCUAAUUAGUACAAGUUUAGUUUAUACUUAAAUAUGUCUCUAAAUAAAGAUGUAUUCUUUCCAAUAAAGAACUGCCAAAGACCUUCAGGUUUUGGAGCAGUCCGAAAUCCAUCCGAUCAGAAUAGAAUUUCUCGAAGCACUGGGCGAAGGAGCGUUUGGAAAAGUUCACAAAGCAAGACUUAAGGAUAGUUUGGAUCUUUUUGCAAACGAUGAAAAAUUUUUUGGAAGAAAAAAGCAGUCAAAGACUGUAGCAGUGAAAGAAUUACAUGGUAUGAUGGAAUUAUGUUACGUUAAUGUUUUUAUGUUUGCUUGCUUUAGUUUUACCACAUAUUAAACGCAGACCAUUGGUAAAAUUCACGUUACGAUUUUAAAAAAUCAAAAUGAAGUCCUUAUAUUUGAUCAUUAUUAAAACCACUAAUAUUAUAAGGAUGCAAAUAUGUUCAAAACAAUUCUGAAAUAAUGUUUGUAAUUUAAUGAGCCCUUGUUUGCUUAUCAAAAAAGAACGCGCUGACGAGGAGCAAAGGAGAGAAUUUUUAGAAGAGAUUGACCUCAUGAAGCAAGUGGGAAAACACCAGAAUGUGUUGAGUUUCCUAGGUUGUUGGACCACAACCGAACCUUUUCUUCUGAUGCUCGAGUAUGUAGCUCAUGGAGAUUUGCUUCAAUGGCUGAAAAGGAAAAGGGUCCAGGUAAUUCUGAUAAAUAAUAAUAAUGAUAAUAAUAUUAAUAAUAAUAAACAUCUCAAACACCACUCUCUAAUUAGCUAGGUAAUGUCUGCAUUUCUCCAAAGUUAUUUUGCUUUACCACAACAACACGGUUAGAAUCUCAUAUUUUGCACAUCCUUCCUCUUUUAUCUUUGCACACUAAGAUGUUCUCCAUUGUUUCGAAUGUUGAAAAUUACAAAAUAUCCAUCAUUUAUGCCAAUCAUUUAGUAGCUCAACGAAAAUAAUCCACUCGGAGGAGCGAGCAUAAUUCAACGUAGAAACCGAUCAGAUCGAACUUUUGUAUUUUAUUCCUUUCCUUCACACAAUGAGACCAAAAAGGAAGAGAGAACGAAGGUAAACUGUGUAAAUUUAGACAACUCAUGACCUCUCGUCGCCGUUACAGAUUAACAGUUCCACCAGCAGCUGCCCAGAGGGAAUUAGUUUUUAUGCUGAAAGCACGAAUCUCAAAUCAACUGCAGGAGAGGUAAAAAAAAUAAAUUUGCAAUCAACUUUUGAUUAGUAGGACACUUAGGAGGGUUCUUAUGCAUUUCCCCCAAAUGGUACUGAGCUGCGAUUCAUGGUUAUAUCUGUUUAACAACUGAAGAAGUUACAGUAAAAGGCAUUAUGUGGGGCAACAGAAUAGGAAUAAAGAAUGAUUGUCCAGCGCUUGGAGGCAAAGAGUGGAAUAAAACACUGCAAUUCUGGACGUUCUAUAAAAGGAUAGAGAUAUAAAAAAAACAGCCAAAAAGAUGAUUAUGGAAUAAUUGAAGCAGAUUUAAACAUACGACGUUUGGAGUAUUGACGAAUGCAUCCUUGAGGAGAAUAAAGAGUUCUUUUGUUGCAAUUUUGUUUAAACUUGGUCAGUAAAAGAAUUCUGCCCUUCUAGUGAGAGGCUCUAAGCCGAAAAUUAGAAGGUGUUUCAAGUACUUAACACAUUAUGUUCCAUAACCUAAUUUUAAGAACCUAUCUUUUGGAUCAGGUCAGUGAUGUAAGAGGCAAGAACAUACCAGAGGCAUGCAACUCUGCCCCUUCUCCUGGUGACACAUCACAACCAACUGAAGCUAAAAUUCCUCUGGUUGUUUUCUCCACUAAGCUGCAAGAGGGUGACGCUUUGCCGGAGAAGAAAGACGAUGAGUGCAGUGAUGAUUGCGAGUCAUUUAUUCCGGCUGAUCUCAUGUCCAUGGCUUGGCAGAUCGCAAAAGGCAUGGUAGGGUGAGACUUAAGUGCAUGCAGGGACCGUGUUUUUGGCUUUAAUAAUUAAUAUUCAUUUCGGUAUUCAUUAAUACCCCCAAGAAAUAAAAUACCUCGAUGAUAAAGAUUAUAAUAUAUAAGCCCUUUCGUCGUUCGCUCUGACGAAGGGUUAACGCCACGGGGCCAAUUUUCGUUAUCAACUCCGUUGAUAAUACCAAUUCACCCUGUUAUACCAUCCCAACGACGCAGCACCACAGUUUCCUUAAAAACUUACCCUCUUUACUCAGUUAGAAUAGUUUUGCAAAUUCGACAAGGGGAACAUCGUCCAACGUUUCCCUUUUCGAAUCAAUCUCAAAUACUUUCCCAAUAAGGAUCUCCUCCCCUUGCGGCAAUCAUCAAAUUAAUUUCACUAUCUUAUUGGUCAGGCUUACCUUUCCGGAAAGGGGCUAGUCCAUAGAGAUCUUGCGGCAAGAAACAUUCUAGUUGGACACAGCAAACGGCUCAAGAUUUCAGACUUUGGUCUAAUGCGAGAAAUGUACCAUGAACUGUAUGAGGUAAAAAAGCAUACAAAGCUACCAAUCAAAUGGAUGGCGCCUGAGUCACUUUAUAGGCAGAUAUUUACGUCAAAAAGUGACAUGUAAGUAACUUUUUUACUUUUGUGGUUGUUUAACGACACCAGAAGUAAUGCAAUGACAGCGACAACAAACAUAUGAUACCUGUUGAUGAUGACGACUGAGAUGAUAGUGAUAAUAAUAAGAAUAAUAAUAAUAUUAAUGAUAAUAAUGAUAAAAACGAUACUAGACAUUAAUAAUAAUAAUAAUAAUAAUAAUAACAAAAGUAAUUAAGAGUGAUUGUCAGUAAAAAUCAAAGAAAUCUUGGCCACGGUCAAAAAAUCGAUUUCGCUCAUACUUUGUCAGUUUGAAGGCCUAGGUAAGUAACUGAAGGAUAUGAGGUUAGUUUUUUGAAAUAUUCCGUAUAACGGCAGAAAACCACGAAAAACGGUCACCCUACCGGAAGCUCGGAUUUCACCUGGCGGAAACUCGACAUUUUACACUUUUCAGCUUCUCGCUACACAGACGUUUACGUAGCUGUGAAUCUUUCUUAAGUAUAAUUGAAUACAUUGAUUCUUCCUUAGUCAAACCAUGGGAAUUAUUUUUAUCUCUACUUAUUUGUGAGCGAACUGAGACCCGAUUAAGAAGACACACUUUUCUCAUUUACGCGAAGGUGUAAAAUAAUCCAAACUCAGUGACGAAAAAAGCUGACCGGUAGUUCUUCAAAUCUUCUGAUAUUAUAACCAAAGACAGUUCAGUCAUUGAUUUUUAGGUCUACGGUUUUAAAUCUUUAGGAUCUAUUAGCACUUUUGCAUGAACGCCGAUCAAAAUUCGAUAAAUUCCAAUUGAGCGCCUUUGAAAUCUACAACUCUACAUAACAAUGCACUAUUGAAUAAAUUAACUCCUCGGCCAAAGUUUGUACAUAAAACAUGAGGGUUUUACUUUCUUAGCGGUUUGAACCUUUUAAAAAUAUAUAUUGAUGUUAAAUAUUGUCUACACAGGUAAAACAAACUAGGAAACACCAAAAUUACCACGAGCUGAAAUUAAAUCUCACAGGCUCGCUCCCUAAUCUGUAUCACGCACGAGCGACUUCGCUACAAUUAGUACAGUAACAAACAGAUAUUUACAUCUGUUAAUUUACAAUAAGUCUUAUUUUAAAAUAUCUUACUGAACGAUGUGCCAGGUUCCCCAGUUAACUUGCUGAAGUAAAAAUAAAAGAAAAUAUCAUAAUAGCAAUUCAAACUGAAACGAUAAGAAUUGAUUUUAUUAAGAAUGAGAAGUUUUAUGCCGUCGAUAGCCAAUCAGAAGUACCUGUUCUCACGAAAAUUGCAUCGUUCUUUAAAUAAAUAAAUCGAAUUAUCUUUAUCUGUGAAACAUUGCAUCUAAAACCAGAGUUUAUUGUCGGGGAACUUCAUAGAACAGCGAUGUCUUGCUCGUUCUUGAAUAUUGAAAGAAAGUCAAUAGAGGACUUUAGAGACCAUCCUUGUGUUCAGAGGAUACAACAUGAAAAUAGGAAUUCCACUCAGACCAUCGAAAUCGAAUUGGUUACACAGGGACAAGUCCUUGCAGUUCUCGAUUCGCUGAACAUAAACAAAGCCACCGGCACUGAUGGAAUUCCUUCAAAGGCUUUAAAAACAGGUGCUAAUGAAUUAUCCGCUCCACUAACCACCUUGUUCAAUUCUUGUAUUAACAAGAAUGCAUGGCCUAGUGAAUGGAAGUAUGGGCAUUGGGCCCCAGUAUACAAAAAAGGAUGACAGGAAUGCAAAGGAAAACUACCGGCCCAUAACUCUCUUACCAUGUGUAAGUAAGGUUCUUGAGAAGUUGGUUGGAGCGCAGAUCAACUCUGGCUUUGGUAAUCGCAUUUACCAACACUCAUCCGCUUAUCGCAAAGCUCACAGCUGCGAAACAACAUUGAUCAAUUUAGUAGAAGAUUGGAGACUGGCAAGGGAUCGAAAACAGGUUGUGAGCAUACUUUCAACUGACAUGUCAAAGGCAUUUGACUCGUUACACCCACCACUACUUCUGAACAAGCUUGAAGCGUACGGUUUUCAGGAAAGCGCUAUUCAACUUUUAAACAGCUAUUUAAAUGAACAGAAAUAUCAAGUAAAGAUCGGCCGUCAUGUUAGUUCGAGCCGAUUCGUGAGUCGUGGCUGUCCUCAGGGUUCCGCGCUUGGCCCGUUGUUAUGGAAUGUUUUCCAGAAUGACCUAUCCUACUGCCUAACAGCGAACUUGUCUAUGUAUGCCGACGACCAUCAAAUUUACCACGCAGGAGCAGACCAGGCAGCUGUGACUUCCCAGUUAAAGGAUAGUGCCAACUCAGCAACAACGUGGUACGAUUCUAACUUAUUGGCGGAAACCUCAAAAGUACCAAGUUUUGAACUUGGGCUUCACUCAAAAUGACAGCAAUAUUUGCGUGAAUGAUGUUGUGAUUGAAACUAAAGAUAAUAUCAUACUUCUAGGAGUAGUGUUAGAUUCUAAGCUAAAUUUCUCUGAGCAUGUAAUCUCUAUCUGUAAAAAAAAACCAGCCAGAGAAUUGGUGUUCUAAUGAGACUACGUAAUUUAAUUCCUAUGAAAUCUAAGUUAAUAUUAUUCAAAAGCGCGAUAUUACCAUUCCUCACGUACUGUCACCUAGUGUGGCAUUUUUGUAAAGCGAGUGACACUCGAAAGCUUGAAAGACUACAAGAAAGAGGACUUAGAGCGGUUUUCAAGGAUAAUAAUUCUAGUUAUGAACAACUAUUAGAGAAGGCAGAUCUGCCAACACUACUAAAUAGUCGCUUACAGGAUCUGUGCAUCCUUAUGUAUAAAGUAAAGCAUAAACUGUGCCCUGCAUAUAUAAGUAACAUCUUUAAAGAACCAAAUAGUAAUUACAAUCUGCGGCAAGCAGAUUUCUCAAUACCUAGGUAUGAGACAGUCACCUAUGGCAAGCACUCUAUUAGAUAUUUAGGGCCUAGGCUAUGGACAAAACUACCCAAGAGUAUCAGGGACGUCACAACCCUAACGUCAUUUAAAAGCAAGAUACGCCAACUCAAUAUAAGUGAACUUUUAGAUGAUGGCUGCGCAGGCUGUAGCCUUUGUUCAUUUUGACUUCUGUGUAUUUUUACUAUAAAUCUCUUAAUGUGUUAACUAUAGAUAUUUUACCUACUACUGUAUAUAGUUUUUUUUUUUUUUUUUUUUUUUUUUUUUUUAGUUUGUAUAUUCUCCCCUAAUUGGUGUCCCCAAAUUAGUAAGGGAUUUGUUCCCUAGCUAGACGGUUUUUUGACACUUUAAUAAAGUUUCUAUCUAUCUAUCUAUCUAUCUAUUGUUCUAAGCAUCUUGGAGAGUGAGUGUUCAAGUGCAGUUUGUAACGAGGAGCAGAAAUCGGACAUGCUACACACUGUUAAGCAGGCCAGAAAUAAUAUCAUGAGCUGGAAAGCCCACCAGUUGCGCUCCGUUCACCAAUAUCAGGCCAAAUGUUCUGUUCUAGCUAAAAUGAAGAGCAAAUGCGACGUGUUACUAGUGCAGGAUUGGGCAAUGAAAUUUAUGCCACGAAAAUUUCGAGAGCCGCAAUCAGACUGGUUUGCUAAGCGCGGUUUACCAUGGCACAUAACAGUUGCUAUUAGGAAGUCGGAAGAAGGCGAGCAGUUUGAGUCUCAAACAUUCGUACAUGUCUUUCAGAACUGUUUACAAGACAGUGCUGUAGUGGUAUCGAUAAUGCAGGAUUGUCUUGUUUCGCUGAAGAAGGAAAUGCCGGAAUUAGAAAGGGCGUUUUAUAAACAAGAUAAUGCCGGCUGUUACCACAGCGGAUACACUAUCGUUUCAGCAAAAUUUGCAGGCGACAUUGCUGGCAUGGGCGUGGAACGGAACGACUUUUCCGAUCCUCAAGGUGGAAGAGGAAUAUGCGACCGCCAAGCAGCGACUAUUAAAGGAGACAUUGGAAGAUAUGUAAACGAGGGCAAUGAUGUGACAACAGCAAUUCAGCUCAAAACAGCCAUAGAGUCUGGUCCAGGAUCUUGCGCUAAGGCUAGUUACGUUACAUUCAACCCAUCAAGCACUCGGCACGUCAAAUGGGAUGGUGUAAGCUUACUCAACAACUUCAAGUAUGAGGAGAACGGAAUACGAGCGUGGAGGGCAUUUAAUGUGGGUCCUAGAAAGUUGCUACCGUGGUCUCAGUUUGAAGGAGUUUUGCAGGUCCCGGAAACUCUUGAAGUGGUUGACUUCAUUUCCCAUCGCAGAAAUUGAUUACUAAGCCAUCUUUCAAGAAGGUGGGACACAGACAUGUAUAUAAAAAAUCUGCAAGUGAUCCAAACGCAGCCAGUGAUGCCAAUAGCCGAGAACAAGAUGAUGAUGGUGAAAACGAGCAAGCCUCGCCACUUUUCCCAUGCCCCGAGGAAGGGUGCAUUAAAGCAUACAGCCGCUUUGUAUCAUUUACAAGCACAUCUAGACACGGGGAAACACAAGCGACUACCUGAACAGGAAACGCUGUAUGACAAAGCAAAACGAGGAUAUGCUUCAAAGCUAAUGGAUGAAGGUAGCAGGAUUUCCACCGUGCAGUUACAAUGUGAAGAACAAAACAGCCAAUGCUUUUCGCCCCUUACAAUGGGAUGGGCACUUAAGACAAUCACAAAGAAGACACGUUUUACGCAAAAACAGAAUGAAUUUUUGAAACAACAAUUUGAAAUUGGCGAGCAGAGUGGAAGGAAAGCAGAUCCGAAUGAAGUCUCAAAAAUGAUGAGAUCUUCAAGGGACGAGUUAGGAGCUCGUCGAUUUCUACCAGAAGAAGUUCUAACAGGACAGCAAAUCACUGGAUUCUUUUGACGAAUGGCAGCAAAGAAAAGGCUUCCUCCCAGUACAGUGAACCGGGAAGAGUCGGACGAAGAGACCACUAGAGAAGAUGACAGAGCAUUACAAGAACAGGUAAUCCAAUCUGAAAUCUGUGCGCAAGUGAUGAGAGAGGUUUCCCUUCAGCACCCCAUUGUAUCGUCGUCAGGUUACAACAUCUGUGAACUCAUGCGCAUGGGCAAGAAAAAGCUGAUGUCACUGAGUGUGGACAUGCUGCGCAGUAUUUGCGAUGAACUUGGUGUGGACGUCUCUGAUAUAACACAAAGACGAAAGAAUCCGUUUAUUAGUCGUCUUUCAAAGCUUGUGGGCGAGUGCGGCUGUAAUAAUUGUAUACAAGAAAACAUCAUUUAUUUUCUUUCGAAAAAAUCGUUUCAUUUGAUCGUUAUCUUUUUUUAAAAGUGUGUUCAGUGAAGAGGUAGAUACACUAAUGGUAUGGCGACCACCUCAAGGCUGCCACCGAAUUAAACCAGCCAACCAGUCACGUAAUGUAAGCUAAUUACAGUUGUAUAUCCAUUCAAAGUUUUAGGGCUAAAAAGUUUGAAAUUGUCUCCGCAAGAAGCCAAGAAAAAUUCAAAGUAACAAAACUUGACGUACAAGAUUGAUCAAAGAUCUACUUAAAUAUAGUUUUGUGGGGAAAUGGCCAUAUUGGAGUGAUGCAACGACCGUAAUUGUGCUAUUAAACGUAAACAUAUAAAUGUUGAUGUGACGUUUCCACUAGUAUACUGUGCAAACUGUGCACUUUGUGGGUGGUUGGGGAGAAAGAGUAGUAUGGUUGUUAAAUCCUUUCCCCCACCCCCUUCCCUCCUUUUUAAAUGUCGUAAAAAUGACAGUGUACAUUAUUUAUUCUUCGGUGCCCUCUUUGGAAAAUUCUUAGUAUUUUUCAUCGAAUAUUGUCAAAAUUAAACUUUAUUUUCUCUAUCAAUGACAGACUGUAGUGUUAUUUGACAAGCGCAAUCAAUAAAACAUGCAAGUUCUAAAACUCAUAGUGUUUUUAAUAGUCGCAUUGGACAACAGAAUGAAGAGGAUACAAAACUCAUUGGAGACAGUUCCAGCUUGGUAGUACAUUUUUUAGUUGUUAUUUACCUGAGCCCAUAGGGACGAGCUAUUUUGAAAGGUCAAAUAUCUUCAUGGAUUGGAAAAAAUAUAUUCCUAUUCCAGUGCGGCUACUUUUCACAGCUCUUCCUGAGUGACCCGAAACAACUUCCUGUAUGGUGCAAAAAUUAAUACUUUUGAACAUGAUGUAUUACUCAGUAAGUGACACAGGCAUAAUCGAAAAAAAAAUCCGAGUGCUUCAUGGGACAAACAUCCUGCAUACUGCUAGGAUUGGAAUGUCAUGUGUGGCAUACGCGCAAUGGAAUAAAUGUGAUGGAAUAUUUUUAAGCCUGGUGAAUAAAUGAGAAUGAUGUAUUAUUCAGUAAGUGACACAGGCGUACUCGGAAAAAAGAAAUCCGAGUGCUCUCGGCCAUCAGGAGUCGAAACUAUCGACAUCGUGUCAGGUUGUGCCUAAGUGACACGAUGAGACGGUACGGGUAGUCAUCUCCAAUAAACUCGUUGGCUUUUAAAAACACGCAAUCUUGCUAAAAUCAAAUCUGGUUCAAGUCCGGAGAGUUUUUUAGGACUUCGUGCGAUGUUUUACAUCCUUGUUACACAGCGUGAGCAGUGUGACGAAAGCUGAGUAAGUAAGUUACUUAACAAGUGCGUUCGUCUGCGCCGCAAAUCCCACCGACAAUAUUCAAGAACGAGCAAGACGUCGUUGUUAUGUAUGUCUAUCAACUUCGCCAAGAACAUACUCUGGUUAUAUGAUUAAGUAGAUUUGUUUAUUUAGAGAACGAUGCAAUAUUUGCUUUUCGUGGAAACAGUUACUUACGAUUGGUUUUCGACGGCACAAAACUUCUCAUACUAAAUAAAAUCAAUUCUAAUUGAGCUAGAAUUACUAUUAAGGUUUUUUUUUUUUUCAGCAAGUUAACUGGGAAACCUGGCACAUCUUUGAGUAAGAUAUUUUAAAAAUACGACUUAUUUAAAAUCAACGGAUGUAAAUAUCUGUUUGUUACUGUACUAAUUGUAGCUAAGUCGCUCGUGCGUGACGCAGAUUAGGGAGCGAACCUGAGUGAUUUAAUUUCAGCUCGUGGUAAUUUUGGUGUUUCAUAGUUUGUUUUACCUGUGUAGACAAUAUUUAACAUUAAUAUAUAUUUUUAAAACGCUUCAAACCGCUAAAAAAGCAAAACCCUUAUGUUUUAUGUACAAACUUUGGCCGAGGAGUUAAUUUAUUCAAUAGUGCUUUGUUAUGUAGAGUUGUAGAUUUCAAAGGCGCUCAAUUGGAAUUUUAUCGAAUUUUGAUCGGCGUUCAUGCAAAAGUGCUAAUAGAUCCUAAAGAUUUAAAACCGUAGACCUAAAAAUCAAUGACUGAACUGUCUUUGGUUAUAAUAUCAGAAGAUUUGAAGAACUACCGGUCAGCUUUUUUCGUCUCUGAGUUUGGAUUAUUUUACACCUUCGCGUAAAUGAGAAAAGUGUGUCUUCUUAAUCGGGUCUCAGUUCGCUCACAAAUAAGCAGAGAUAAAUAUAAUUCCCAUGGUUUGACUAAGGAAGAAUCAAUGUAUUCAAUUAUACUUAAGAAAGAUUCACAGCUAUGUAAACGUCUGUGUAGCGAGAAGCUGAAAAGUGUAAAAUGUCGAGUUUCAGCUAGGUGAAAUCCGAGCUUCCGGUAGGGUGACCGUUUUUCGUGGUUUUCUGCCGUUAUAUGGAAUAUUUCAAAAAACUAACCUCAUAUCCUUCAGUUACUUACCUAGGCCUUCAAACUGACAAAGUAUGAGCGCAAUCGAUUUUUUGACCGUGGCCACGUUUUUCGAAUUUUCCUUGAUUUUUACUGACAUUUACUCUUAAGACGUGUCUGUGAAUUUUUAACCCUUUAGCUAGUAAAAGUGACCGGCAUUUAAUUUCUCCUUACUAUAUCACCCCUGAAUCAAACAUGAAAGUCAUGAGAAUAGAAAAGAUGACCAACUAAAGCAGCUCUUGAUUGUUAAACAAAUUCUCCUUGCCAGCCUCUUUGGAAAUGUACGGAGAACAGUAUGGAGAAUAUGCAUACUGAUGUUAGGAUGUAAAGGGUUAAGGUAAACAGAAAUAAACAGAUGAUUCUAUGACGCUAAACUGAUAAAAGUUACGACAGCGACUACAAACCAAUGAUAACUGUUGACAAAGACGACAAAGAUGGUAAUGAUAAUAAUAAAUUAAAGUAAUGAUAAUUAUCACUUACGGACGAUGACAGAAGAUAAUAGUAUUUUUCUUAAAAGAAGUGUAGCAUAUUGUGGUGUAAAAUAAAUUCUACUCAUUGAAUGAUGUUUAUAUACUAUAUGUCUAUCCUCUAACCUAAUAGAUUUAUUCAUUUUCUUAAUUUUACAGUUGGUCUUAUGGAGUAGUCAUGUGGGAAAUCGCGACUGUCGGUAAUCUAACCAGAGGGGGCCCAACCUCUUUAUGAAAGGGACAGAUAUUACAGGGUUUAGUAUGAGAGUUUAAACUCCGCUAUGUAACUCCGUAAGUAAUGAAGUAAAUAAACUCUAGUUAACCUUUGGGUAGUGUUGCUUGUGUUAUGUGUUCUCUGGUAGCAAUUUAAGGCCAUUUCGUCGAGUUUUAGCUGAGCUCUCAUCCCACUGCUGCCUGUUCUAAGUCUCAUUCUUCUUACUUCAAGCAGUAGUGGGAUACUAUUACCUUAAAACUCGCCUCGAGGGCCUAAAAACGCUAUUAGAGAACAAAAAUAACUCACGAAAAAAGAAACACUACAAAGAGUUUAAUUACUUUACUAUCUACGGAACUAUAGAGCGGGGCCUAACCCCCUAUAAAAAGCUCUAUACUAUUAUCCUCUUAUCGAGAGCUUGGGCGCCCUGUGAUCUAACUUAAGAUAACAAUAACAAUCACAACACACAGAUCACAUUACAUCUCGUUGAAUCAAAAUCCAAUCUUUUCCAAUUGUGCGUCAUAAUGGGAUAUCAUAAUUCAACAAAAUAAAUUGAACGAGGAUUCCUGUUACUAAAAAUUUCUCGAAUGUACUACAUUUUUGUAUCUAGCUGUCUAUAAAUCUCCUUAGUUUUUGUCCCGAACGGCUUUCACAGCCCUUACCAUUUUUGAUUUUGCGUUGUAAUGGGAUGAUGCAAAGUCUGCAUAUCCACGUAAAGCAACCUUCCACAACGCUCUAAUUUAUUUUCAUUUAUUCUUAAAUCUGUAUUUUCUAGGUGGUUCUCCAUAUCCACUGUUAACCAAUACAGAGGUCAUGAGACGUUUGAAGACAGGUUACCGCAUGGAAAAACCUGAUUUGUGCUCAGAUCAUGUGUAAGUUGAUUUGUUUUGCGAUCAAUUAAUUUCCUGUUGAAUUAAAUUACGUUUCAAUAUUCCUCUCUUAUUGAAAACCUACUUUAAAUCACGGAAAGCUAAGUAUAUGUUAUUCACCAGAGGGAGGUCCGUAUUGGGAAAAACUAUGCCCGAGGUCUUGGAUACCGCCCGAGGCCCACGACCCCGGGCGGUACACAAGACAUAAGGCACAGUUUUUCCCAAUACGGACCGACCUUGGCUGGUGAAUAACAUUUUUAUUUUUUCCUAAAACCUAACCAAUGGUUGCGAAAAGAACCGCCCGCUGUGAGCGGGCCGGAUGGGGAGAAUACUGCCCACUCUCGGAACCAAUCAGAUUGCAGGAUUUGUAGAAUACCGCCCGCUCACGAACUGAGAAAAAAAUAGUCACCCAUUAUUCUUACGGUAUCCACACACCGUGCUCCAGCUCUAGGUUUUGGUUCGAGUUCACUUUUGUAAGUCUCUUCAACAUGGCGAAUUAGAGAAAAUUACCGGUGUGCUGAGGUUUGGAGGCUAUUUGACAUUUUAAUCGGAGUGCUUCAGUUUGUCCUGUAUUUUUGUCUCAGUUACUCUUUGAUUUUGGAUUGUUGGAAACAAGAACAAGAUGAACGGCCUAGUUUUCAAGAGAUGGUUGGAAGGCUAGAAGAGCUGAUGCAUCAAGAAGCUGAAUAUUUUGAUUUUAACCAAAUGGACGAGUCAAAAAAUUAUUAUCAGGUGCAGGAUUCAGAGGCUGAAGACUUGGAAGAUGGCGAAGAUAAUCAUGAGAAUGAUGAUGUAAAUUCUAAUUUACUGCAUAACUGACCCUGCUAACUUAGUGCACUUUAUUUUCUCUCUGUCGCGCAUCAUAGCGCAUUUUGCGGGCUAACAGGGAGAUUUUGGCAGUCUAAAAUAACGCAUUAGUUGGACAGAGCGGAAAAAAAGGAGAGAAGCUCUGAUGAAGCCAGAGACCCGACGCAAAUCUCCUCUCCUUUCUUUCUACCUACCUAUCACCCUCUUCAUGGACAAGUAGAACAGGCUGUCUGAACACCCCUCUUGCAGCGCACGUGACAUUACAAUUACAAUUACAAUACUUUAUUCAAGAGAAGGAAAAUAAAAAAUAAAAUUGUAAAAGUAUCUCUCGAAAGGGGAUAUUCUAGAGGUUAACCCUAUACAAAAGAUUCCCCGAAUAAAAGAUCAAAACAUUAUAUACAGAUAAUUAAAAACUGUUUACCAUCAUCUCAAUCAAUAUUCAUGUAAAUCUUUAGUCUGUUACGAAAUAAAGUCAAUGAUCCUGC